UGCGUUCGAGACCCCAAGAGGACGUCAAGAACUGUAGUUCUUAGAACCGUUCUUGCACGUUCUACAAUUCUAUCUUCUUUCUUUUCCCUGUAACCCCUCCUGGCUGUGAGCAGCCGCUUUUCUCAGCAGUUUCUCCCAGAAAUGGAGGAAAACUGUUUGGUUAACGGAGUCACGGCGUAGUUUUCCAGUCUCGUCGGCGGGUCUGUGUUUUCGGGAACUUUUCGUUUUUGGCAGAUUUAGGGGAUUCUCUGUUUUUUUUUCGUGAGUCAUUCACCUGAGAACUUCAUUCGCCUGGAAGAUCUGUACAUGUCCUCCAGUAUCGGCUCCUGUACCGUAAAAAUCCCUAGCAACGCUAGCUCGCGUUCGAUUUUCCCCCGCCACCCAAACGGGGUUGGAAUCCUACUUCCUUCGCCCAUUUAUAGUUCCCCCGUUUUUUUGAGGGCCUUCAAGUGACCGUACAUUAUUGGGCGGUUGACUGCAGUUCUGCAGACCUAGGCCACCGACACCGGCGUAUCGGAUCUGUGCGCGUACAUUCCUUCCGCGUAUCCGCGUUCUCUUUGGAAAGACUCAGCGCUACCUUUUGUCUGAGCGUCGACUCGUGAGAGAAGGCUGCACUUCUUCAUUCCGGCGCCACGACCAGACCGUGCACAGUUGCCGGUUUCCUUUUCACUUUUCACUUGCCGAGAGAUUGUUUGUUUUCUAUCUGAGAGCUUCCCAGUCAUGGCAGACCUUUCAGUUCCCCGAAGAAGCACGCUUGAAGACGGGGAGCCCGUGAAGCCGACUCCCCAACUACCAGAUCCGUCGCUGUCAGCGUCUUUGGCUGACCAGAAAGAGGUGGUUUUCCCGUCGUCUUCCGUCUCUCAACAGAACACCGAAAUGCUGUCUGUGAAAACGGCUUCAUCAGCGAGGGACCUCGCGAGAGCUGAGGGUGGGAGAGUCGAGAGUUCCUCGGCUUCCGAUGAGUUUGCAGGCUUGAAGCUUCACGCAAGUCAACUUUCUCUCUUGAGGGCCAAGAAUCCGUUCCGGCUGCCAGACUCUUCAGCUAUUCCCCUGAAUCAACAGAGCUACACACAGGCUCUCUCUCACAUCAUUACGCGGGAUUACUACCCGGAUUUGCCCCUGCUCAAACUUAUCCACCAACUUCUGGAGGCAGAACAACAGAACGACGUGCAGAGGGUAGUUCACUUGGUUCGUCGCAUUCGCGCUCUCACUCCGGCAAGCGUCGUCAAUCGUCAAGGGACUUUUGGAAAGUGCUGGGGAUCUUCUCCCUCGACUUAUUUGGCGACUCCACGACCGUCCGGUUCAGGCGCAGCAGCCUCAGACUGUCCAACCGCACACUCUUCGCCCCCGCGGCCUCCAAGAGAGGGAGAGAAACCUUCGUCUGACGGGUGCUCCUCUGCGCGGGAGGAGACAGCUUCGGCCGAAGGAGACCCUUGUUCAGUCUUUAAGGAAGGCAGUCGAAAGCGUGUUGCGUCUCAGUCGAGCUACGCAAGGGACAGCGACGCGGUGGAUGGAGAGAGAGAAGACGCCCCGAGUUUUUUCUCGGCGCAAGGUGUAGAGAGAUCACUGAGGCGACAACGGAGCGAGAGUGACUCCGACGUAGAGGCAGACACUUGCGGCAGGAGGAAGGACAGAAGGAAAGAGACUGACAACAUCGAAGCGAGUCCAGGGCCGUGCGCUGCUGAGGCGGGAACAAUGCGUGGAAGUCUCUUCGGGGAGAGUCCAGCGUUUUCGAGGACCUCUCAGGCUCCAGGAGGGGGGAGGUCGGGCGCGGGGACAGGAAACGAUAUCAUUGUGCCUGUCGGCCCGGAUGGGAAGCUCCACCGCGUGCGAACUGAGCUCCGUCUCGACACGUUCCUCAGCAGAUACACCAGCGACGACAACAAGAGCUUUCUGAACCUCGUGAAGCUCGAGAAACUCGAAAAAGAGAAGAGUCAAAAGUGGAUCGACAUUACUCAGGAGGAACACAACGCGCGAAUGGUAGAAAUCCAGAGAAGAACCGUUGCUGGCGAACGAACCGACCAAUUGGCCGUGGGAUUCCUCUCGUCAAGAAACAAUUUGUUCUACAAAAAUUUUGACACUCUCGAAGCUCAUCGACAGCCAUACGAGCUAAACCGGAGAAGUGGAGAGAUCAGCAAUGCGAAUACGAGGUACUCGACUGCAGAGAGGCAACGCCAGCACACUCUCUAUUCUCUCCAAGUGGAAAAGAAGCAGCAACUCGCGGCGACGGAAGAGCAAAGGAAGAUGCUGGAGGCCGUCGCAGCUGAAACUGCGUUUACUGCGGAGCGAAGAGAACAGGAAAAAGAGAAAAUGUUGAAGGCGUCUCCCGUUGUUGGCGCCGUUCCAGUCCGUGUCUGCUCGACCGCCCAUGCGGAACCAGCUGAGGGUCCAGGAGACGUCACCCGGAAACCCGAGCUGCCAACAGUGACCUGGGGACAAAUCCUGUGUCCUUCUCUCAUUGAUGUCGCAAGCCCGUCAACCCCUUUCCUAAAAUCGUCGAUCUUCGAGCCGUGCCCUGUGAACUCCUACGCUGGGGUGUCUGGACAGCUGGCGAACUCGGUGAACCUUGCGACGUUCAAAAUGCCGGAUCCAUUGCCGAGGGAGAAGGUGCUAACGAAGCUCCAGGACCAGGCGUCUGCGCGUUUCCGACAGAAACAGCUGAAGCAUCAAGAACUGCUGGGUACUGUUCCAGGAUCUCCUCAGUGCCGCCUGGCAGCUGCUCGUGCAGCAGCUGUUGUGCUGCGUCGAACAGGUCGAAGUGGAAGCAGCUUCGGGUCGGCCAUAGGCCUGGGCUCAGGACGGCGAAGCUCCAGUGCCAGUACAGUGAGCAAGGGCAUUCAAAAAAUCUGCCGACUUGCACAGACUCCGGAGAUACGCCGCAACCGCACGCAUGGAGGAUCAGAUUCUCGCCACAGAACUGCUGGCGGAAGCAUCAGCGGGGGUUCUUCGGUUGCCUCUUCGAGAUCUCAUCGCAACGAUGCGACGCGGCCACGCAGCAUUUGCAGCACAACGCAUUCUAGUUCGAGUUCACCGUGUCCAGCGCAGCCUCGAGACAGGGGUGAAGCAGAUCUCCAAGGCAGUCAAGACGGGUCUGCGGUGCUAACUGACGGGCUUUUGUGAAGAGAAGAAACCUGCGAACAAAAGACAACUGUUUCGUCUUUGUUAGAAACGCAUACUUUUGCUGUUGGGGAUACAUUUGUCCAGAAGUAGAUUAUCUGUAUACAUUUGCGCGUAUAGCUUGCCGCGGGGACGCGUGUCUUUCUCGUACGAAUCCAAGGGAGACAUUAUCCGUCCGGUAGAACGCUUUCGCCGGGGGGCACCGCUUUUAAAGACUGUCAAUCGAGCUUGCAGAGUGGGAAUGUAUGGCGACGAAAACUGCCUCU